UGGGCUAUGAGAGCUGCGGUACCAGCCGCCGGCUACGGGAUGAAGCAGCCACGGACGGAGUCGGAGCCCCUUUUGGGCCAGACCCGCGGCGGCGGCGGCGGAGGGAGCAGGAGCGGCAAAGAGUCGCAGCCAGUGUCUCUCUUCAAUCAUGAUCUUCCCGUAAGGGGGAGGCCACGUGAUCCCACUCAGUUGCCCAAUGUUUUUUCUUGGCCUAUAGGUGCUGCAGCCAAGCAGAGCAUCUGCAUUGACCAGGCUGUGGUCUUCAUUGAAGACGCGAUCCAGUACCGCUCUAUCAACCACCGCAUGGACCCCCGCUCGGUGUGGCUUUAUCGAUGGUAUUACUCAGACAUAUGCCAGUGGACUUUGAGCUUCACCAUUUUUGUGAUCCUGGUUUUGGCUUUUAUUGAGAUCCCUUCUUCACUCAGUAAGACGUCAGAUGUGCGCCACCGCUCCCUGCCCUGGGAGCCGCCCUGUGGCCUAACGGAGAGCGUGGAGGUACUCUGCCUGCUGGUCUUCGUAACCGACCUCACUGUGAAGGGCUACCUGUUUGGGUGGGUCCAUUUCAAGAAGAACCACUGGAUGGUGGUCUACGUCGGGGUGCUUUUCGUGUCGCUGGUAGACUGGAUUGUGUCCGUGAGUCUCCAUUGUCAGGCGCCCCUGCGCGUGCGCCGGGUCCUCCGGCCCUUCUUCCUGCUGCAGAACUCCUCCAUGAUGAAGAAGACCUUGAAGGGCAUCAGGUGGUCGCUGCCGCAGAUGGCCAGUGUUGGGCUGCUGCUGGCGGUGCACCUGCUUCUCUUCACCAUGUUCGGGAUGUUGCUGUUCGCUGGCGAGAAGCAGGAUGAUUGGCAGAGAAGGGAGAGGCAGACCUACUUCCGGAACCUGCCGGAUGCUCUGACUUCACUCCUGGUGCUGCUGACCACCGCCAACAACCCCGAUGUGAUGAUUCCUGCAUAUUCUAAGAACCGCGCCUACGCCAUCUUCUUCAUAGUCUUCAGCAUAAUAGGAAGCUUAUUUUUGAUGAACCUGUUGACGGCCAUCAUCUACAGCAAGUUCCGGGGGUACCUGAUGAAAUCUCUCCAGACUUCACUGUUGCGGAGGCGGUUGGGGACCCGGGCUGCCUUUGAAGUCCUUUCCUCCCUUUCUAAGGUGGCAGAAGCCUCCUCUCAGGAAGUUCGGGUGCAGCCACAGUACUUACUACUGGUGCUUCAGAAAGUCCAGGUGGACAGCUUCCACAAGCAGGCUCUCAUGGAGAAAGUGAGGUCCUUUCAGAACGCCCCCCUGUCAGCCAAUGAGUUCCAGAGACUCUUCAACGAGCUUGAUAAAAGUGUCGUUAAAGAACACCCGCCGAGGCCCCAGUACCAGUCUCCGUUUCUGCAGAACGCCCAGUUCUACUUUGGCCACCACUACUUUGACUACCUGGGGAACCUCGUUGCCCUGGGAAACCUCGUGUCCAUUUGUGUGUUUCUGCUGCUGGAUGCAGAUAGGCUACCCGGUGACCAUGUGAGUCACUUCAUCCUGGGGAGCCUGGACUUUGUCUUCAUCCUGUACUACCUGCUGGAGAUGCUGCUCAAGAUCUUUGCCCUGGGCCUGUGGGGCUACCUGUCCUACCCCAGCAAUCUGUUUGAUGGGUUCCUCACCACAGCGCUGCUGGUUUUGGAGAUCUCAACUCUGGCUGUGUACCGUUUCCCACACCCAGGCUGGUGGCCACAGAUGCAGGGCCUGCUGUCGCUGUGGGACAUGGCCCGGAUGCUGAACAUGCUCAUCGUGUGCCGGUUCCUGCGCAUCAUCCCCAACAUAAAGCCGGUGGCUAUGGUGGCUGGUACUGCCUUGAGCCUGAUACAGAACAUGCGGGCGUUUGGCGGGAUUGUAGUGGUGGUCUACUACGUGUUUGCCAUCGUUGGGAUCAGCUUGUUUCGUGGUGUCAUUGUGGCUCCUUCUGUAAACAGCAGCCUGGCUGCUGUCAAUGAAUCAGUGCCCUGUGGGAGCUAUGAGCAGCUGGAGUACUGGGCCAACAACUUCGAUGACUUUGCCGCCGCCCUGGUCACGCUGUGGAACGUGAUGAUGGUGAACAACUGGCAGGUGUUCCUGGAUGCCUAUCAGCGCUACUCAGGCCAGUGGUCCAAGAUCUACUUCAUAUCUUGGUGGCUGUUGUCAUCUGUCAUCUGGAUCAACCUGCUUCUGGCCCUGAUUCUGGAGAAUUUCCUUCAUAAGUGGGACAGCCAAAGUGACCUACAUCCCCUUGAUGGGACCGAGGAGGCCACCUACCAGAUGACCGAGGAGCUCCCGUUCAGGGACAUCCUGGAGGAGCCGAAGGAGGAGGAGCUGUUAGAGAAACUGAGACGUCACCUGCACCUGCAUCUGUGCAGGUGACAUCAGGUUGCCCUCCCAGCUGGGGUGGCAGGAUAGAGAUGCUGGCCUGCGGCAGGUGUUGGUCAUGGAAGAGGCAGGUGGGCUGUGACGAAGCAGGAGGAGACUUUGCUUUGACAGACCACUUAGCUGGCGACAAGUGGAGCCUGGAGACAGGAACCAGGUCCUUCGGAUGCUGCCCAUCUACAGAAUAGCUGCUAAUGCCUCAGGGACAAGUCGCUCCAUGCCACUUUCUGUUAUAAGCUGCUUCAAUGAGACUUACUUUUUCAAUUAAGCUAAGAGGGUGACUCCACGGGGCCCUUUAAGGCAGGCUGAAAAGCAAGAAGCAGUGGCCGCCUUGCACCCUGCAGCUUCCGUGGUGCCUUUGCUGCUGGUGGCCUUCAGGGACCAAAGCCCUGUCCAGGGCCUGCACAGGUUAACCAGCAGAUUUCUAAGACGUUAAGAUCGGGGUGCUGAGGGUUUUACAUGAAGAGAAUGUUGACUGUGUCUUACUAUUUUGUGGGUUGUAUGAGUGUGGUGUGUUUCUUUGGGAAUCAGAAAUGCCAAUAAUUUUCAUCAACAAGUUGUACAAAGAAUGGGAUUGUCAUUCUUUCUUCAACAUGACUCUGGUCUUAUUUCUCUGGACCAGGGUUAUCAGGUAAGGUUGUU